GUCAUCCUUAUCAUCAUCAUCAUCAUCAUCAUCACCAUCAUCAUCACCAUCAGCAGUCAUGAUCUUCCCUUUUCUCCUGCUGGGUCUUGCCUGCCUUCAGUCAUUCACAAUGGCCAACAAUGCAAAAGGAGCAGAAGAAUGCUGUUUCAUAUUUGCCAAGGAUGUAAUCCUUGUGAGAAUCAUUCAAGACUACAGGGAAACAAGGGCUGACUGUUCAUAUCAUGGAGUCAUUUUUUCCUUAUUUAAUGGUCGCAGGGUGUGUGGCAACCCCAGUCUGAAGUGGGUGCAACGAGCAAUGAAGAAAAUUGACCAACAGCAGUUAGGAAAUUCAACUGCACCAAGGGAAUAAAUCUUAAUUAUAUUUUCUGCAAUGCGCCUUUCAUCCAUCUAUAGUUUGUUGCUUUGCACAGAGGUAUAAAUAUCAUCUUUGAACAUAAACAUUUGCUUUAAUGAUUUUGGCACUAUAUCACUGAUUUGAAAUGCAGGCUGU